CACUAAAAAUGAAAGCGUUUUUCGUGCUUUGCCUGGCUACCUUAGUCUACUCUAAAAGCUUCGUGGGUCGUCCGAAGACACAAAAUGUAAAAAGAUGCGUCAAUGUGUGGGAUGAAGGUUGUAUCAACGGCCAGUUAAAUGGAGCUGGUAGCGACGACAAUUUCCUAAACGGAGGGUUCAACCCGGGCAAGCGAUGCGUCAACAUGUGGGACGAGGGUUGCAUCAACGGACAACUUGGUGGAGCUGGUGGUGAUGACAACUUCUUGAAUGGCGGGUUCAACCCGGGCAAGCGAUGCGUCAACAUGUGGGACGAGGGCUGCAUCAACGGACAACUUGGUGGAGCUGGUGGUGAUGACAACUUCUUGAAUGGAGGUUUCAACCCGGGCAAGCGAUGCGUCAACAUGUGGGACGAAGGUUGCAUUAACGGACAACUUGGUGGAGCUGGUGGUGAUGACAACUUCUUGAACGGCGGGUUCAACCCGGGCAAGCGAUGCGUCAACAUGUGGGACGAGGGUUGCAUCAACGGACAACUUGGUGGAGCUGGUGGCGAUGACAACUUCCUAAAUGGCGGCUUUAACCCCGGCAAGAGAUCUCUGCAACUACACGACCUCCUCGUAAAGUUACAGAAGUCGCACAAGAAGAAUUAAAACUGAAUCAGCCUGCAAAGCUUUGGAAACUUUAAACUUCUUCUAUUUAAGUUUAUUUUUCAAUGUUUUAAGUUUAUCAAUCUCUCGCCUCUUUUAAAUUUAAGAGGAGGGAAGAGAUAAAUUUUUCAAUUCAAAGUUUUGUAGGCAAACACCAAACGCAAACUAUAUUUUUGUCUAGUCUCAUCUUUGUAAACAAAUAAACAUUUAAACAACUG